UAUAUAUACCAACUGCAAAGCAAAAUUCCUCCUCGUCCUAAACGGCCCCCGAGUGAAUCAGCUGGUACCGCCAUAGCUUCUGCUUCCGCCGACUAAAUCAUGGGGCACUCAAACGUCUGGAAUUCUCACCCUAAGAACUACGGCCCUGGAUCCCGCACCUGUCGCGUGUGUGGAAACCCUCAUGGGUUGAUCAGGAAGUACGGCCUCAUGUGCUGCAGGCAGUGCUUCCGCAGCAAUGCCAAGGAGAUCGGCUUCAUUAAGUACCGUUAAAUGGCAGACAUUCAACAUUCCAGGACUCGAUGUUUUGGACCAAGAAGAGUAGUAUUGGUUUCUGAGUUCUCCUCAACUUUUAAGAAAUAUUUUUGUUUUAGUUGAUCUGCUGUUGAACUUGAAUUGGUCGUCAGACUAAGAAUACUGUGUUAUUAAUGAAUUAAAGUUUGAUUUAUGUCCU